CCCUUCCUGCCUAUCACAUGAGAGAUUUCUGUUCUCCACCAUGUACAGACACAGCCUGCUCCUCGCCAUCCUCUCCUGGGUUCAUGGGGGGCUUUACUUUCAGGAGGGUCAGCACUGCUACAAACCAGUAACCAGGGGCAACUUCGGAGUGAGGACCUACGCACGUCCUCAUGAAUACAUCCCAAUAACAAGUCUGCCAAAGGUCUGGGACUGGCGUAAUAUAAAUGGGACCAACUAUGUCAGCUCUACACGAAACCAGCACAUCCCACAGUACUGUGGAUCAUGCUGGGCUCACGGGAGCACCAGCGCCAUGGCAGAUCGGAUUAAUAUUAAGAGGAAAGGCGUGUGGCCAUCAGCAUACCUGUCUGUGCAGAACGUGAUUGACUGUGGAGAGUCAGGAACCUGCAAUGGUGGUGAUCACGGAGGAGUGUGGGACUACGCUCACCAACAUGGAAUCCCGGAUGAAACCUGCAACAACUACCAGGCCAAGGACCAGGAGUGCAACAACUUCAACCAAUGCGGUACCUGCUCCACAUUCAACAAAUGCUUCUACCUCUCCAAUUACACCCUGUGGAAAGUCGGUGACUACGGCGCGGUCAGCGGGAGGGAGAAGAUGAUGGCUGAGAUCUACAAGAAUGGACCCAUAAGCUGUGGAAUAAUGGCUACAGAAAAGCUUGAUGCCUAUACUGGGGGUCUGUAUGCAGAGUACCAGCCAAAUCCGAUGGUGAAUCACAUUGUCUCAGUGGCUGGAUGGGGCGUGGAUGAAAAUGGAGUGGAGUACUGGGUGGUUCGCAACUCCUGGGGAGAACCUUGGGGUGAAAUGGGAUGGCUGCGAAUAGUGACAAGCACGUACAAAGGAGGUCAGGGAGCGGACUAUAACCUGGCCAUUGAAGAGGACUGUGUUUAUGGAGAUGUAAUAGUCCCAUGAUGAUGCAGUGGUCUGACAGCACAGACGCUGCAUUUCCCCCCCUUGCCAACAAUGACAAUCUCAGGCCAGAAGCUGCAUACAGCCCCAGAGAAUCCCAGCACCAUCUAGGUUCUGUUGCUUUGACAGUGACUGGAGCGCAAUGCCAACAAGACGUCUUUCCUUCUCUUAAUAUCUAGGACUAUGAAAAAACUCCAUUGUAUAGAUUAGGAUUUUUAUCUUGCUCUAUUUUAAGAAUACCCUGUAUCAUGUGCAAUCUGACCACCCGUCAUACAAAAAAACAGGCGAGAGGCACCGCGAUCCUCAACAACGCCGAAGCCCAAGUGGUACUGGUUAUUACCAUUAUACCUACUGAUGGGAAUUUGCAGCAACAGACAGAUGAAGAUACUGACAGCGCUGUCUAUGUAUUAUGCAUCCAUGAUUUAAAGGGAACCUGGCUGAACUUUAUGCUGCUUUUUGUUCUCUUAACCCCUUCAAGACCAAGCUAGCAUUUACCUUCAGGACCAGGCCAUUUUUAGCAAAUCUGACCAGUGUCACUUUAUGUGGUGAUAACUUUAAAAACGCUUUGACUUA